AUGGCAUUAAUCGUACAGUCCACAUUACAAAAAAUUAAACAAGUUAUAUCCACCCACUUAAAAGAUUAUUAUUCAUUUCCAGCUUCAGAUUUAGUAAGAGAAAACCCACCAAUAUGGUAUUGCGAAAAUAAAAAAAUAGUUUAUAAUAUGGCAUGUCCAAAUGGUGCUGACUCAUUUCAUGGAACUUUGAAGUAUACACAUUGGACACAAUUUGACUUACCAAAAAGUUUUAAUGUUGAAGAAAAAAAUACUAUUGGAGGAGGAAGGAAAGAAAAAUUAGAGAUUGAAGUAUUAAAUGAUAUAUUUGAUUAUUCUCCUCCUGAUGAUGAUAAUACAGUGGUUUGGUAUAUUAAUUUUGCUGACUUAAAUGUAUUUGGAUACUAUGGAGGAUCUCUUUUCGCACAAGAUGAAAUGCAAUGUCUCGAGCAUCCAGCCCUUUGCUCACUUCGUGAUAAACUUUGUACUAUACAAGAUGGAUCACAAGCAAGAACUAGAAUGACUACAUCCGAAAAAUCAUUUGCAACACCUGUAUUGGUUCGUGGUGUAGAACGUCGUGCCUUCAUUAAAACUGACCGUAAUGAAGCUGAAGGUAGACCUUAUGGUCUUUAUGGGAAUCAAUUUGCAAUAUCUAAUGAAAAUACUGUAAAAUUGGCUACCACAGUUUUUGAUGAAAGAUUGGAUAGUAGAGGUAAACCUUAUUAUUCAAAUAUUAUUGCCAUGGAAGCACCAAAAUAUGGAUCAGGAAGUUAUACUAAUAGUACUAUUAGAAUGAUUCUUGAAACAGCUUAUAGUGGAUUUUUGGCUGCUAGAUUUGAAAGUUUAGUAGAAACUGGUGUAUUGGAAAGAAAAUAUGAAAAUGAAGAACAUACCAUUAUUCCCGAAAAAGAUGAUAUAAUCGCACCUAGAGUUAUUAUUAAUACAGGAAAUUGGGGAUGUGGUGCUUAUGGUGGAAAUAUUUCAAUUAUGGCAUGUUUACAAUUCGCAGCUGCUCAUUUGGCUGGAAUUGAUAAAGUUAUUUAUCAUACCGUAGAUAAUAAAUCUCGAAAUGAUGUUAAUAUUGGGUUAGAGACUUAUAGAGAAUUGAUAAUGAAUUUAGACGGGAUGGUUAAAGUUGAUGAAUUUAUUACUAAACUUGCAAGAAAGAAUUUUCAAUGGGGUUUUAGCAAUGGAGAGUAG